UCGCUUUGCCGCUUGGAACAGGCGCGUUUGACGUUGCCGGCCACACGGAGAGGGCGAGAGAGCCUGAAUUAUAUUCACUGAAGAGCCAAAGCAAAUCUGGUAGUCAUGUGGACCAAGUGAAUGCAGUGUUCAGUGACGUAAUAAGUGCAAUUUACCAAAACAUUCGUGAAGUUAACAAUACGAAAAUCAUGGAUGUCAAAGGCUCGAUUCCAACUAAGGAAUGGCAUAUACCGCGACCAUCGCUGGCGAGUAAUAAUGGAAGCAUCAAUGACACGCGUUCACGCGGCGGCUCCGCCUCCAGCCAAGGCUCAUCAAGUAAUCACAGCACACACAGCGUGUCUUCAGGGUCAUUGUUGUUGAGUGCAGCUAACUUAGCUCGGAUGAACGGCAGAAAUUCAGUGCAAGAGGAAUGCGAGUAUUACCAAAGUCAACAGCAAUCGAUUAAUUUGGUAAAGCAACCGACGAUGUCUAAAACAGUUGUCUCAAUACCCGAGGAACGUGAGGCAACUGACACGUUUUGGUCAGACGUAAAAAGAGGAUCAAUGGCUGGACCAGAUGCGAUGUCGGUCGCUAGCUCAACUCAUUUUACCGUCGUGAAUGGAUUUACGAAGCAACGUCCCAGUAAGGAGCCGAAGUCGUGCUGCUGCGAUCAUUCCCACCAGAUUACGGUCCUCGUUAUAUCAAUGACAAUUUUGUUUUCCGCCUGUAUACUGGCAGCUAUUUGUUUUGUGGAAAUGCGAAUGCGCAGAGAGACUGGUAUGUACAAGUACUCCUAAGAAGAAACAGAAAACGAAAAGGACAACACAAUAUUAACCCCAUACAUUAUUAUAAUAAGUGCGUAAUUAUAAAUUCCUUAUUUUUUUAUGUGUAACAAAACUGAAAUAUGGAAUAUAAUAUACGAGAAAAUUAGUAGCAACUCCUUUUUCGAAAUUUGAAUUUCAAUUAUGACAAAAAAAAAACAUUUUUCACAUGUCUAGAAACUUUUUGUAUCGUAAACUGAAUUGCAAUAGACAUAUAUUUAAAUAUUGCAAUUUAAAAUACGUAAACCAGUACUGCUAGUUAGAUCUGAAGGACUACAGAAGUCGUGGUUACGUCAUAUUUGUGUAACAUAGUUGUGCAUUCCAAAUAUAAAUAUCAAAAUCAGCAUUGCUAUUUAGCUAAUUUUAUUUAUUUUAGGUAGUUUACAUUAAUUUAAAUCGAAAAUAAAAUCCAAUACGUCUUUGUUUACAAAGUUUAGAUUUUCUUUUCCCAAUUAUAAUUGAAUUCGUACGGAUGUGUAAAAUCUGUCAACUAUUUAUAGUGCAAUAAUAACUGUUUCUAUAUCAAGUUAGUAAUAAUUAGUCAAAUGUACGAUUAGUUUUAGUUAUUCAUUAUUUAUUGUUAGUACACAAUUAAAAAUAAUCCAAAAAUGCUAUGUGCAAACAAUUAAAGAUUACGUCAAUUUUUUUUCAAAUAAAAUAACAAUUAUUUUGCAACUUUAAAGAAAGUUAUUUGCUUAAUAUGAAUUUUAUUUGAUUGUUUUAUAAAUUUUAGACUGAAUUCGUAUUACCAUAUUAUUUUGCCUCUUCUAAAUUGUAUAAAUAUAAUUUUACGAAUAGACUUGAAAAAUGUUUAUUUGUAAAAUUAUAGUCAAAAUCACUUGUUAUUUAUAUUUAAACGCGCGUGGUAAAGCAUUAACGCAGUUUUGCAUAUAUACAUCUUUAGUAAACAUGAUAAAAAUCAGAAUUUAACAAACGAAGUAAGAACUUUCUUUGUUAUUUUUGUAUGACUUUUUGUUAAUUUUGAGUAUUGUAUAUUUAUUAUGUAUAGUAUUAUUUGCAUACACAUUAAACAGUAAUUGUAAAAAAACCAAUAGCAUGUUAUUGUUUUUAUCAGAAUGUAAAUGAU